AGGUUCUGCGAUAGGCCUCCAGAACUGGAUGUUCACGAUAUCAGAUACUCGUUGAGGCCGGUAGCCGCAGGUCUGAUAUGGCGCUCCUCCCUUAUCUUGAUACCGAUUCAAACCUCAAUCAUGGUUCCAGGACUACAUAAAUGAUGCCGGGUUGGUACAGCAAAUGGAGCAUCCGUCAACCGGUUCUCCAGUGUUGCGAGAUACACCAACUUUCUCUAUCACUUCUAUUAACGCCAUGGAUAGCAAAACCUUGAAAGGCUCUAUUGACGUCGAGCUCGGUCCUGAGGUCACCAAUGAGCGCGGCGAAGUUAUCACCAUAGCGAGCGAACGAAUGCCGGAAUCACUCCGUGGACUUAGCAAAGAUGAGAUCGCAGGUCUCAAUAAGAAGCUCGUUCGCAAGAUCGACCUCAUCAUCCUGCCAAUCAUCGGAAUUCUUUACAUCAUGAAUUACAUCGACCGGCAAAACCUGGCCGCAGCCAAGUUGCAAGGAAUCAUGCAGGAUCUCAAUAUGAACACCCAGCAAUUUGCGACGGCCGUUUCGAUCCUCUUCAUUGGUUACCUACCAUUUCAGAUUCCAAGUAACCUUUUGAUUGCAAAGAUCCCGCGACCUGGCAUGUACAUCUGCGUUGCUGUCAUGAUUUGGGGGUCUAUCUCGGCUGCGACAUCGGCUGUGACAACGUACAAGCAGCUGCUGGCCGUUCGAGCCAUCCUCGGUAUCGCAGAGGCGGUUUUCUUCCCCGGCGCGAUCUAUUACCUUUCCGCAUGGUACACAAAGACAGAACUUGGAAAGCGCAUUGCCAGCCUCUACAUUGCGCAACAAGUUGGCAACGCAUUUGGCGGGCUGUUCGCUGCGGCGAUCUUUCAGCUCGACGGGACGCACAAUAUCAGAGGCUGGCAGUGGCUGUUCAUUAUCGAAGGGUCUGCGACGGUGGGAAUUGGUGCUAUUUGUGCGUUCUUCAUGCCGGAGUUUCCACACAACAGUCGCAUCCUUACGCAACUCGAGCGUGAUCUUGCGGUUUGGCGUGUCGAAUCCGAGGCGGGUGCAGCAGAGGGGGCUGCCCAAGACGAGCAAGAGAGCGUGCUCAAAGGCUUUGGCAAAGCUUUGUGUGAUCCUAAACUGCUCCUCCUCAUCCUUUGCAACUUGCUGUCGCAGGCACAGGGAUCCAUUGCCAAUUACUUCCCAACGCUCAUCCGGUCGCUGGGCUUCUCCGACACCAUCAGCCUGCUGCUGACAGCACCACCCUACAUACUCGCAGGGUUCGUCUACUAUUGGUUAAUGUGGUACUCCGACCGCAAGAACACCGCUUACCCGAUUAUUCUAACGUGCAUUGCGAUCUCAAUCGGGAUGUACAUAAUUCCCAUGUCGACUCUGAACGUUGGGGCGCGCUACUUCUCCAUGAUGAUAUUGCCAUUUGCAUCUGUCGGUCCACAGCUCGUCCUCUACAAAACAAUCAAUUUGCAUCUUGCACGGCCGGUAUCAAAGCGUGCAGCAGCAUCCGCUCUGGUGAACGCCAUUGGAGGCACGUCGAACAUCUGGGCAUCAUAUCUCUACUAUGCACCCCCGCAGUUUUUUGCCGCCUUUGGAACGCUGAUGAGCUGUGCAUUCUUGUUUGCAGCCACUAUAACCUUUUACCGCUGGCUCGUAAUGCGAGAGAACAAGCGUCUAGAUUCGGGCAGGCCGGAGGAAAUCGCGAAAGUCAUCAAGGGAGGCGUGACAGAGCAGAUGAUCCAGCUUAACUGGCGAUACGAGAUGUACUAAUGCUUCUCCCUGGGAUCGUGGCUAUCAAGCCGGUCCUGCGUGAGGCGACAAGCUGCGAGUUGCAGAAGGGAAGGUUUCCAGGACGUCUGAGAAGGGCAUAUGCGGGCUCACUAGCUCCAAUUUUCAUAGGCGUGACUGAAAUGUUCUGGGAAGCUGCAUCAAGCAC